AUGACAACAAUUACUGCUUGCUUCUCAUCCCCGCGGAGCUUCUUCACACCUUCCGCAAUUAGCUGUCUAGAACUCAGCUACGGCUACGAUUUCGCCCUCGCCCACCGGUUGUCCGAAUGUAUAUGGGCAAUCAACAGAUGCACUGCUGAUGCCCUCGAACCUCUCGACAACUUUCCCUAUAUACUCGACUCUGGAAUACCCAACACCGUCCACUAA